AUGGGAAGAAAACGUGAUGGAGCUGUGUCUCCUGUGAGCGCUGAACCUCCUCGCUACGAUCCAGAGGUUAUUGGACCUCAAGCUAACCGAAGAUGCAGGGACAUUAUAUUCUUGGCCCUAUUCAUCGUCUACUGGGUUGGAAUGUUUGUUGUCGCCGCUUUGGCCAUCAGGACAGGAAAUCCCCAAAAGCUCAUUGCUCCAACAGACUCAAAGGGACAAUACUGUGGUUGGAACAAUGCCCUUAUUAACUCAAGUCUAGCGGACUUGACCAACUAUCCAUAUCUAUACUACAUUAACCCAUUGUCUCCUCUCACCACUGACUCGGUCUGUGUGGCUGCAUGUCCCACCGUCACCGCUAUAUCCACUACCACCACUGCUAUUUGUGAUAUGAAUGUCACGCUUCCAUUGACUUUAUCCACUCUAUCUACUGCCGUAUCUGCAGGACUCUGCUCUGCCUUCACAUACCAGUCGGACAUCGUACUUAACCGUUGCAUGCCAUCGGCAAAUGUAUCUGCCGAUAUCUGGAAUGCAGCUGCCUCAUCAUUCAGUAUCAGUCUAGGUGGAACAAACAUUACCCUACAAUCUCUAGUCUCUUCAGAACGUGGCGACUUUGUAUUGGCCAUCUCCGAUAUCGUCAAGACUUGGCCAUAUAUAUUAGGUGGUGCUGGUGUAUCACUAGUAUCCUCCUUCUUGUUUUUAAUCCUCAUGAGAUGGUUUGUCGGAUUGUUUGUCUGGAUUACUAUCAUUGCUGCCAACGUCGUCGUUGAUGGAUUUGCUGUCUGGCUCUACUUUUACUGGAGGGCUCGUGCUACCGCCUUUUACGCCAUCCCUGUUGCCUCUCAACAAAAUGUCGACAAGUGGGAAAUGUAUGCUGCACUGGGUGUCUUUAUUGCCAUGUGUGUAUUGGGUGUCGUAUUGUUCUUGGUGACUAUCUUUAUGCGUAACCGAUUACGUGUUGGUGUGGAAGUCAUCCGAGAAGCUUCUCGGGCUAUGAAUGCGAUGCCACUCAUUGUACUCUUCCCCUUCUGGACUUGGGGUGCUACCGCCGUCUUGAUGGUCUACUUUGUCUACAUUCUCCUAUAUAUUGCCAGUCCCACUGCUCCAGUCACCCUCAGUGUAUACACCUUCUCGGCUACCAACGCUUCCACUGGUAUGGGCUGGUAUCAUCUUGUAGGUUGCUUGUGGGGAUGGGCAGUCAUCUCUGGUAUCAAUCAAAUAACGCUGGCUGGUGGUAUCGCCUCAUGGUAUUGGUGCAGGGACAAACGUGCUCUCCCAGUAUUGCCAGUAACUAGAUCCUUCUUCCGCGCAAUCUUUUGGCACUUGGGAUCUGUCUGUCUUGGUGGAUUACUCCUUACCAUUGUCGAAACCAUUCGAUUCUUUUUAUUCAAGGCCCAGUAUACCGCUAAAGCUUCUCAAAACAAGACUGCGCAAUGGUUGUUAGCUUGCACUCAAUGCUGUAUGGGAUGCAUCGAAAAGAUUGUCAAGUUUAUAAACAGGGAAGCCUAUAUCGAAAUCGCCGUAUACGGAAAGGCCUUCUUCAAGUCUGCUGGUCGAGCAUUUGGUCUGCUCACCCGUAACUGCUUGAGACUAGUAGCUGUAAACUUUGUGGCCGACUUUGUCAUCAUCAUGGGUCGUCUCGUAAUUACCAUCGGAAUGGGCUUCUUGGCCUACUUUUUAAUUACUUGGCAAGAAUCAAACUUGCAGCUCCACUUUAUGUUUAUACCCGCUUUAUUGGUAGCCUUUGAAGCCUUCUUGAUCUCAUCCAUCUUCUUGAACAUCUAUCAUAUUGCUGUUGAUACCAUCUUCUUGUGCUUCUGUGAAGACACUGAGAGACAUGAUGGAUCUCCAGCCAACCCCUACUAUAUGAGUGAACAAUUACAGCAUAUUACCAACCUCAAGAAUCAAAAAGAUGGCCAAGCUGCUGGAUACAUGUCACGAAAGACUGUGGGUACUCGCCGUAUUCAUGUAGAGGAAUUCUGA